UCCAUAUGGCUUCCCUAGCCCUUCCCGUGGUGAUAUUCUCGUACCUUCUGAUUGCGCAAUGCCUCCCAACUACGCAUGCCUACUACUACUACCCGAGCUCAACGUCCAACAUGAAUACGAUUGACUCGUGCUGGCGCUCCAACCCGAACUGGGCUAAGAACCGCCGGGCCUUAGCUGAUUGCGCGGUGGGCUUUGGCAAUGAUGCGAUAGGAGGGAAGUAUGGCCCCAUUUAUGUGGUCAAUAACCCGUUGGACGAUCCUGUGAACCCAAAGCCUGGAACGUUGAGGUACGGUGUUAUACAGACGAAGCCGCUUUGGAUCGUUUUCGCCAGGGAUAUGGUGAUUAGGCUCAAGAACGAGCUUAUGGUGAAUAGUUUCAAGACCAUAGAUGGGAGAGGGGCUAAGGUUGAGAUAGCAUAUGGACCUUGCCUAACGAUUCAAAAGGUGAGCCAUGUUAUCAUACAUGGGAUCAGUAUACAUGAUUGCAAGCCCAGCAAACCGGGCCUCGUGAGAGACAGCCCGAUACACGUUGGGCGCCGCGGGGGAUGCGAUGGUGACGCGAUCAGUAUCUUUGCUUCUUCACACAUCUGGGUCGAUCACUGCUACCUGGCUCGGGCCGCCGAUGGCCUCAUCGAUGUUGUCCACGCUUCAACUGCCGUCACCAUCUCGAACAACUAUUUCUCACAACAUGACAAAGUGAUGUUGCUGGGGCACAAUGACAAAUUUACAGCCGAUAAAGUCAUGAAAGUUACAAUAGCUUUUAAUGUAUUCGGUUCAGGACUCAUUGAGAGGAUGCCGAGGGUGAGAUUAGGCUAUGCCCAUGUUGCCAACAACAGAUACGAUGAGUGGCGAAUGUAUGCCAUCGGCGGAAGUGCAAAUCCUACCAUUUUCAGUGAAGGGAACUACUUCAUAGCUUCUAGCAACAGAGCUUCAAAACAGGUCACAAAAAGAGAAGCUAAAAAGAACUGGAAGAAUUGGAAGUGGAGAUCGUCGAAAGAUGUGUUCUUGCACGGGGCUUACUUUGUUCAAUCGGGAUGGGGAACUUGUGCCCCGUACUACACUCGGGCACAAGCGUUUACAGUGGCUCAUGGUUCAAAGGUUCCCUCCUUAACCAAGGAUGCUGGUCCCCUAAGGUGUAACGUGGGGAGAGCCUGCUAAUUAGACCCAACUUGAGCUUACCAAACUAAAGAUCUUACGAUCGGCGGAUUUUACACAUAUCAUGAUCGCGUACAUGUUCUUUGUUUUUGUUUUUUUUGCCACUUUACCUAAACUGUCGCUUUCACAACUUGAUGAUUAAGCACUACGCCCUACUUAAAAGGAAGGACAACUUGUACCGAGUAAAAUGCUUGUUCCCGAUAUCCUUGUACAUUAGAAGUCUAUAUUGGGAGAGCUAUCAUACUGCGGUGUGAAUUGAAGUUACUCCGACCAAUAUAUAGUAAACCAAGAGAAAUCAUUCACUAUUGAGAAUAAGUUGGAGCCUAUUUUCACUUGAAAUUCUACACACU